UCCUAACACACAGACUUAUCAAAAUACAAUUUUAAAACACACAAUAUAAUGUAUUGAAAAUAAAUGAGGUUACCCCUUUAAGAAAUAUGACGUCUUUGUUAUGGCCCUGCUGUGGAGGCGGGGAAACCCCAGAAGACACACGUGUAUCUGUUUAUCCAAGAAACAGACCGUUCAGUAAUAAUAGGCUUGACUUUGUCCUGUCUGAGUGUGAGUUGGACAGAAAACGAAGUAAGCAAAAAGUGAACUACUUAAAGAAAACCACAAUGCCGCUUGCGAAGGACCUGAUGCACCCCCUGGCUGAGGUGGAAAGACAGAAACACAAGAAGAAGCGACUGGUACAGAGUCCCAACUCUUACUUCAUGGAUGUCAAAUGUCCAGGCUGCUACAGGAUCACUACGGUGUUCAGCCAUGCGCAGAGGGUUGUGCCGUGCGGGGGGUGCUCCUACGUUCUGUGCCAGCCCAAAGGAGGGAAGUGUCGACUCACAGAAGGUUGCUCCUUUAGAAGAAAACCACACUGAUCGUUUCCUUUCGAGGCUUAAGAAGGAAAGUGAUUUCUCUUCAAUUCCCAAUCUGCACCCCUUGGGGUGUGACUUCCAGCCUUCACUGUCCUGCUUGUUGGGUUGUGGACUGCGUUGAUUAGGAACCAGAGAAGGCAGUCCUGCUUCUUCUGGGUACAUAGGAACCUGGAGCUGAAGAUUCUAAACCAAAAUCACUGCCCUUCAGUUGCUUUUAAAAAUGCUUUUAAUCAUACAGGGGGUUUUCAGUGCUGAUUUUUUUAAGGGGAAUGUGAGUCUGGAUACAUCUACAGGUCUCCUGUAAUACAAUUCAAAUAAAGCUUGCUGUUUUAAAUGAAA